CCGAAAAAAAUAUUUGACCCGGAAGCCAAACAAAGAAGACGAAGCGUAAUGUUUUCGCACACGCUGUUAUAAUCUAAAGGAAAUUAUUGUGUACUGAUACAAUUAUCACCAUGGAUGACCAAUAUUGUCCACACUGCAAGACGACAAAAUAUCGAAACCCUUCCUUGAAGCUCUUGGUUAACAUUUGUGGUCAUUCGCUCUGUGAGAAUUGUGUAGACUUACUUUUUGCCAGAGGUUCUGGCUCGUGCCCGGAAUGCAAUACUGCCUUGAGAAGAAACAAUUUCAGAUUGCAGCUAUUUGAAGAUCCAGUUGUGGAAAAAGAAGUAGAUAUCAGAAAAAGAAUUUUAAAGGAUUAUUGCAAAAAAGAGGAAGAUUUUUCCACUUUAAGAGAAUUUAAUGAUUACUUAGAAGACAUAGAAACUAUAAUAUUCAACCUUGCCAAUAACAUUGAUGUGGAAUCUACAAAGAAAAAAAUGGAGGAGUACAGAAAAGCUAACAGGGAACAAAUAAUGAAAAGCAAAGGAAAACUGAGUAAAGAUGAAGCCUACAUCGAGGCACUGGUGGAACAGGAGAGAUGUGAAGAGGAGGAAAAAAGACAGAUGUACAUGUUACAAAAGACAGAAGAAAAAAAGAAGAAAACAAGAAAUAGAGAAGCUCUCAUUGAUGAUUUGAUGUUUUCUGAUCAAAAUGUUGAAGAUAUCUUAGCCACAUAUGAGGCUAAAUCCAAAGAUGUUCAUAGGCCGUUGGGCUAUGGAUCCAUUCCAAUCACGGUUCCUAAACCUGCAACGAAAUUUUCAUCAGGAAUUAGAGUGGGUGUCCGAGGUGAUGAGAAUUUUCUACCUAUUCCGAAGCUAGAAGAAACUUUGUUUAUAUACAAAGCAGUAACACAAAAAACAUUUGGACCGGCUGCCCCAUCUAGUCAAGAGGUUGAAACUCUAGGAUACACUAAACAUGUUCGUCCAGCAUCUCCUCAAGGCAUUGGUGGUGGAUAUCAAUCAAUGCUUGCCUGUCACAGAGCCAUGCAAGAUGCUUUCUGCGGUCUCUUUUAUGUCCCUGAAAAAUCACCAUCUCCAACUCCUAGUGUGUCUAGUACAAUAAGUACCGGUAGUGACAGUACAGAGAUGGAUGUCAGUUGACAAGCCAAAGUCUUUAUAUAAGCCACCAUUUGAUUGGAGAUAAAACAAACAUGGUGUUCCCUGAUUGACUGCCUGGCUAGGUGUUGUGAGGGGGCCGUUGCAUGCUUAUAUAUCGCUCUCACAGUUGGAGGAUCUAAAAUAUAUAUGGCAAUGUCUUACUUUAUUCAACACAUUUCACUGAAAGUUUAUAUGUAAAAUAGGACAUGACCAUUUUUGAUGACCCCCUGCAAGAGGCCAAACAGAAACUUAAAAAUAGAACACAAGACUUGAAGAAGAAUGACAUAUUUUUUCUUAAAACAAUGUGUGCAAAUUAUUUAGAAGAUUUUUUUCUGUUGAACUUUUGCAUCACUAGUGUACCCAUAUUGGGAAAGUAUUGUUCUAUUGGCAUUUACUCAAUGUUUACAAUGAGAAAUACAUUGUACUCUUAGACAAACAUCGAAAAUUAAAGAAAACUGAAGCCCAGAAUCACAAGUAAACAUAUGUUGUAUACCAUCUGAUCAACUUGAAGUUUUGACAGAUUUUAUUUUUUGUCCGGACACCAAUAAAUUAAUUUGUACACUGUU